CAGCGAAGGGGUGUGUCCUGCCCCGCCCCAGAAUCGCUCGGCCCUGAUUCCGACUCUUCCGUCAGGCGGGUCACAGGAGGGAAAGGCGGAGAUAGGCGGGUGAGCAACGCCGGGAGGAGCGCGACUGCUAACGGAAAGGAACAGGACGGGACGGGGCAGAAAGCUGCCCCUGCAGUGCUCUAAAGAGAUCACUUUUUAGUUAAAGAUGGCUGCUGAUACCUCUGUUGACAUACUUCAAAAAGUUCUGGAGAAUGAAAUCCUUCAGACCGCCAAGGUUGUGGAAGAACAUCUGGAUGCUGAAAUGCAGAAGAUGGAUCAGAUGGAUGAAGAUGAAUUGGAACGCCUUAAACAAAGGAGGCUUGAGGCACUAAAAAAGGCCCAGCAGCAGAAACAGGAGUGGCUUUCAAAAGGACAUGGAGAAUACAGAGAAAUCCCAAGCGAGAGAGACUUUUUCCAGGAAGUCAAAGAAAGUAAAAAUGUGGUGUGCCAUUUCUAUAGAGAUACAACAUUCAGGUGCCAAAUAAUGGACAGACAUUUGACUGUAUUGGCAAAAAAGCACAUUGAGACAAAAUUUGUGAAAUUAAAUGCUGAAAAGUCUCCUUUCUUGUGUGAGAGACUGCGCAUCAAAGUACUUCCCACUCUAGCACUGGUAAAAGAUGGAAAAACACAAGACUAUGUUGUGGGUUUCACUGAUCUUGGUAACACUGAUGACUUCACUACAGAGACCUUAGAAUGGAGAUUAGGCUGUGCAGAUGUAAUUAAUUACAGUGGUAACUUGAUGGACCCACCUUUUCAAAGUCAAAAGAAAUUUGGAACAAGCUUUACAAAGUUGGAUAAGAAGACUGUAAGAGGAAAGAAAUAUGAUUCAGAUUCUGAUGAUGACUAGAAUGGCAACUAUAUGUAUUUAUAAAUCAUCUUUUGUUUAUGCUUGGUACAUUUCUAAGAAUGUUUUUUAUACAGCUUACUGCUUUUCAUUACAUCUGCACAUAAUGCUCAUUUUUCUAUACAGUUUUAUACAACUGAGUCAUAGCAGAAAAAAGCUUAACUAUUUUAUUUUUCCUCUUUUGGAAGUCAUUUGUAAUUAAAAAAUCUGAGUCCUAAUUAAAUACCAUGGCAAAUGAUGAACUUUGUCUUAAGUAUAAGUUUCUGAAGAGUUUUGAAGUAACUGUUAGAAACAGCUGUACCAAGUCACACCAAAGGUCCCUUCUGGCCCAGCAUCCAGUGUCAGUGGCCAAAAGCAGAUGCACAAUGAAGAAUAAAGACCAGAGUGAGGAGAUAAUCUUUCCCAGAAUAUACUCGAAGCAGUCUGUGGUGUGGGGAACUCCACAUUUGAGAGCAUUUGCCGGUUAAAAUCAUGGAAAAAAAAUCUCUUUAAUUCAUAAUAUCCUGGCAUCCAUAGCAUACGGCAAGGAGUCCACAGUUUAACUACUGUGUGAAGAGCUACUUUUUAUUGCCUUUCUUGAAUCUGAUGGUUAGAGGGUUUUUUUUUUCUUUAUUUGCUGAUUUUCUUCAUUAAAGGAGAUAACAGACACUUUUUUUAAAAAGAUUUUUCCCUAUCUGAUCCUCUCCAGUUGUGUUUUAAAAUCUAUUAUUACCUAUCAGUAAAGCACUACAAAGUGAUAAGUAAAGAAAUUACGCAUUUUAACAAAUGGUUGCUUAUCUUAUGGUGCCAUAUCAUGAUAUUAAAUAACUAAACUACGUUGCACUAUAAGUUGUAAAAACAGUCGUAACCUCUGUGAAUUCUGAAAUAGAUGGUCAAGAGAAAUGCGCUUUUACCAUCUAUGUGCGCUGCAUGUUAAAGCUGAUACAGCGGGUAAUAGCACAUAGCAACAAGCAUAUUGAAAAUAGCCUUGUUCACAGGUUUGUAUAAUUCUGUGGUUGUGAAUGUGUGGAUUUUAUAGCAGGUGCUUUGUACAAGAGAGUAGAAUAGAGAAAAGUGCUUGGGAGAAGCCUUGAUCUGUUAAGUUUAGCUAUAGAGCCGUACACUGUGUACUGUUCUUCAGUAAUGGACAGAGUUUUCAAGGGAGGAUUUCCUUGGAACACAAUGCAAAAUUUCUGGCUAGCUGAAGAGUUGAAGAAUGUUCUUUUCAUUUUCAAAAAAAAUUAAAAUAGUUUGCUUUGUGCUGAAGGACCCUUCUGAGGUGGUACUUCGAAUCCAGUUGGUCCAAAAAGCAGUGAAGUGAGUCUAGUCAGUCUUGCUACCUUGUAGUGGAGAACACUUGUGAUUGGGCCAGCCCAGCAAUAUAUCUCUGUAAGUAAGUUUAAAAAAUUAUAUUUUAUUUCUGUUCAUGUACACUGAAAUAAAAUUAUUUUAAUUCUAA